ACAACAGAUUGUUAAUCAUUUACAGAGGCAUUUAUUUGUUUUUUAAAUAAAAUAUUUACAAAGCAGGUGCACAUAAAUAGGUAUUUUUCAAGUCUGUAAUAAUAUAUAGACAAAAGAAUAUAAAGAGUAUCGGUGUCAAUCCAUCAUUUUUUUUAACCUUUAUUUGUUUGUUAGAUAAUAAAUACUUGAAUCUUAUCACCAUGGAAACGAGUGCGACUGCCGUAACCACUCCCCUUUAUUGACGUCACCACGUCGGGCGGUGCACUUCCUGGUUGGUUACUUAGUGCUGCAUGCAUGUUGUGUUAGUUCAUUUGGGAAUAUUGGUUUAUUCGUCUCGGGGAAUGCAACAUUUCCUCCUGCGGCGAGACUGGAUUGGCAGGAUUCGUCUAGCGCUCACUCUCUUCGGAAUCCCCUACACUGUCUGCACCCCCGGAGUUAGGUCUGCCCUCUCCUGCUCAUCGUCUCACCCCUUCGGGACCAGUCAAACCGUAAGACCCAUCAGUACCAGUUACUGUAACCUCUACACGACCGGUGUCCGGACAAUGCCACCCUCAACAGUGCCUCAUAUCAAGUCCAGAUGCCCCCAGUAUCCGGGGUCCAAAAUCAAGCGCUUCCUCGUGCCUGAUGACAAGGUGGGCUGGAGUCAGAGCUGGCCGCAGUAUAAUCCGGUCAGCCACAACGACCCUUCAGUACUAAAGAAACCAGUAUGGGCGGAUCCUGAUAUUAGCUCUUUCUCUCCAAAGUUCAACACUGUGGAUGGUGCUGUGGACAGGACGAGCUUCGGCGGCACCUACAAAAUGGAAAAGGGAAAGCCACUAAAUCCUCAUGGACGCACAGGGGUGACUGGUAGAGGUUUGCUGGGACGAUGGGGACCCAAUCAUGCUGCAGAUCCAAUUGUCACCAGAUGGAAAGUAGAUCCCAAAGGAGCCAAGAUAUCUCACCCGGUCUCCAAGCGGCCGGUCAUGCAGUUUGUGGCCAUCAAGAGGAAAGACUGUGGGGAGUGGGCCGUCCCUGGGGGGAUGGUCGACCCAGGGGAGCAGGUCUCUCUCACGCUGCAGCGGGAGUUCUCUGAAGAAGCGUUGAACUCGUUGGCGGCCCCGCCAUCAGAGAGAUCAAAGAUCAAUGAACGCAUUACCAAACUUUUCAAAUCGCUAGGGUUUCAGGUUUUUAAAGGCUAUGUGGAUGAUCCUAGAAACACUGACAAUGCUUGGAUGGAGACAGUCGCUGUUAACUUCCAUGAUGACUCAGGCAACAGUGUGAGCGAGCUGCCGCUGCAAGCUGGCGAUGACGCAGGACAAGUCCAGUGGGUUGACGUUGACUCGUCCUUCCCGCUCUAUGCGAAUCAUUCCCAUUUCCUAGAGCUGGUUGCCAAAGAGAGGAAAGCUCACUGGUAACCAAGGACAACAGACUUUACUCUGACAUCACGAUGAACCUUAAGAGCCUCGCUGCGCUCUCUGUGCUGAGAGUGCUUGUGCGUUGAGGAUGCAUGGCACCUGACAUUAUGCAAAUCUUCCCUCACUAAUUUAAAGCUAAUAAUCGUAGUUGUAAUAGUUAUAACCAAAUAUGCAUCUCAUUAGUUUGACACUCGUAUGUAUGCCCACUAAUGAAUGUCCAGAAACAUUGUGACUACUAGCAGGUUGCAAAUCUGGGCUGCAGUCUGCUAAGAGGACAUGGCUCAGAGCAUGUCGGAGCUGCUGCUUUUGUCGGAGAGAAGGGAAAAAAAAAAAGAAGGAAGGGAUGCACAUUUUUAUUUAAAAAGAUUCGACUCACCAUUUAAAGAAACAUGAGACUGUAAAAUGCAAGAUGCUGCUGAGUGGCACACCACAUUAUUUCUAUUGGCACUAAUUAUGCAAAUGUAUUCAAUGUUAAAAAGGAUCACAUUAUCCCAACGUGAUCAUGUAGGAACAAACACAAUGAGCCGCUGAACAUAACGCAUACUACAUUAACUUAAGUGUGAUACGGGGCGGGCAAUCAAAAUGACAAAGUGUAGACUGACUUUGAUCUUUAGAUGUGAAUAGAAUAUGAAGAUGUGCUGGAGCUCUCCACACAGCCCAGCAGUGCACUGAAGCUGAGCACGGACAGGCCGAAGCUGGAGGACAAACAUGUUUUUCAAGUGAUAGCAGACGGUGGAAGCUCUCAACAGCCUGCCUUUACCAAAAUGUUCACAUCAGUAAGUGUCAUAUCACUGCUGGGCGUACUUUGCCAUGAGGCAGGGAUGGAGAAUUACGCAUGAAAUGGCUGUUAAAAUUCAUGAUACAAACACGAACACUUGGAUCCUUCUGUCAUCAAAAUGCAGCCAACAACAGACAACCAAGUCUUUGCAAUAAAACAUGUUUGUCUUCUGGCUGAAUAAACAGAUUUAAGAUGUGAUAUGAAUGUUAAUGCUAUAAAAACUAGUAAGGAUGCUAAUGAGGCACUUGUGGGAAAAGGGGAAAUAAUGUAGCUGUAAAGGAAGUUCUUACAAGAGAACAUUUAUUAAAGGGAUAGUUCAGAUUUUUUAAAGUGAAGUUGUAUGAGUUACUUAUCCGUAGUCGGUGUAUUACCUGGAGAAACACACAGGGGAAUUGUUACGCAAGCUAAGCACUGUACUGUUGUGGACGGUGGCAGCAGCAAAAUGUAAAAACGUAUAAAGAAAAUAAUCUUUUUAAAUGUACACUAUAUUUAGAGAAUUUUUCAAUGGUUGACAUUGCUGCCAAACAGCCCUUUGAACUGAAACUGUUAUAUCCAUCUAUGCUCUUGCCAAUGCCACCAGACAGUAAUUUUAUCUUGCAGAACCUGUGAGUUGCUGGUCUACCGCUGCCUCGAUCAGUUAGGUUGUAUAUGUUAUUGGUGAAUCUGCACUAACCCUUUAAAAUGCCAAACUCACACAAUAACAUCAACAAACUAACCGGUUGAUGGAGCGAUAAACCAGCAACCCAUGUGCUCUGCGAGAUAAAACGACAGUUUUUUUCAAUGGAGUCUGGUGGAUUUGAAGAGAGCUUAGAUAACGGCUUCAGUUUCCCCUCGAAAAGGGCUGAACAUAUUCUAAAUAGCGUACACUUAAACUGAUACUGAUUUAAGUGUAUAAUACUUUUAAGUGGGCCUUUAUUUUAGGUGUCUGUGUCCGUCCACAGCAGUACAUUGUUUUGCUUCUGCACUGUAACUCCUGUCUGCUUCUCCAAACUGUGGGGUGCCGACCGCCAUCUAUGGAUAAUUGACUCAUACAACCCCACUUCAAAACAUCCGGAAUAUCCCUUUAAAUUAGUUCCACAACAGUUCUAGGAAGUGACACAAAUCCUAUAAGCACUUUGUAUUGCUCUCAUCACUGCUUAGGCCGCAACAUUUGCCUGCAUGACAUGGUAUUUGGGUAUGAUACCAGCAGCUGUGUGUGCGGAGGUUCUGCUGUUCAAACCUCACUGAAAGCAUAAUCUUAAAAAUGUUCACAUCUAUGUAGAUGCACAUUUAUCUCUUAUAGACUCUCAGCAUUUACAGUCGGAGCACUAACAGCAUUUGUUAGUGCAGGAAGGGAGAGUAUUUCCCAUCUAGAUUUCCCCAGUUGUAUUCAAAUUGGCAACCUGCCAGUUGCAAAAUCCUCUAACCUUUUCCUUCAAAAGUUCUGAUUGAUUUUGUUUCUUCUACCUAAUGGGAUUUGUGGGCUUGUGGUCAGUACAAGACAAAGAACAAUCAAUAAAUGGUUGGAUGAGUGUUCACAUACUAAUUUUAAUUAGUUUCAUUAAUAUGAUCAAUGUUAUACAUAAGGUGUUGCUGAUUGGUUUGUCUGUAUAUGCUUUAAUGUAAAAAUGAGGUGUCGACUUAAUAAAUUUGCACUGAAAGUA